GAUGCAGACGAUGAGGAGGAGCUGGAAAUCGCCGUGGAUAACACGGCGUUCAUGGAUGAGUUCUUCUCUGAGAUCGAGGAGACACGGCAAAACAUCGACAAGAUCUCAGAGAACGUGGAGGAAGCCAAGAAACUCUACAGCAUCAUCCUCUCAGCCCCCAUCCCGGAGCAGAAGACCAAAGAUGACCUGGAGCAGCUGACGGCAGAGAUCAAGAAAAUGGCCAACAGCGUCCGGAACAAGCUGAAAAGUAUGGAGAGGAACAUCGAGCAGGAUGAGGAACGAUCCUCUGCCGACCUCCGGAUACGCAAGUCCCAGCAUUCAGUCCUGUCCCGCAAGUUUGUGGAUGUGAUGACCAAGUAUAACGAGGCUCAGGUGGAUUUUCGGGAGCGCAGCAAGGGCAGGAUCCAGCGCCAGCUGGAGAUCACCGGCAAGAACACUACGGACGAGGAGCUGGAGGAGAUGCUGGAGAGUGGGAACCCCUCCAUCUUCACCUCGGGGAUCAUGGACUCGCAGAUCUCGAAGCAGGCACUGAGCGAGAUUGAGGGGCGGCACAAGGACAUCGUGCGCCUGGAGAGCAGCAUCAAGGAGCUCCAUGACAUGUUCAUGGACAUUGCCAUGCUGGUGGAGAAUCAGGGAUCCAUGAUUGACCGCAUAGAGAACAACAUGGACCAGUCUGUUGGCUUCGUGGAGAGAGCUGUGGCUGACACCAAAAAGGCUGUGAAGUACCAAAGUGAGGCCAGGAGGAAGCUGCUGAUAUUGGUGGCAGUGGUGGUGCUCUUGCUGGGGACAGUUGCCCUCAUCAUUGGACUCUCAGUGGGGCUGAACACAAAAUAG